UGUAACAUUUUAUAAAAAGUUAUUUAUAUCGGAAAGGACCUUGGGAUUAUUAACGUCUGGGUAUCCUUGAAUUAAACUGUUGAGAGUUUCUGUUUCUGCGGAACAUACGACAGGUGCAACAAACUGCUUCAGGAUGAGACUGUGGACUUUACUUGUCAUUUUUCCGGUGUGCGCAUCCUCUCCUCUGUCCGCAGAAACGUCCAAAUCCAAACUUCCAGCUGUGGAGAGCCGCUGCUCCGGCCGAGCCUGCAACCCCCGCAUGGGUAACCUAGCCCAGGGCAGAGUGCCGAGCACCCAGUCGGUCUGCGGCUCCAACUCCUCGGAGCUCUACUGUGUCUACAAAGAGACAGCUUCCCCCCGCAGCAGGGAGUCCUGCUCUCCUGCAAAAUGCAGCAAAUGCAACUCUGCUGUCCCCAGCCAGGCACACCCUCCCUCUGCCAUGAGCGACUCCUCUUUCCGCUACCCGGACACUUGGUGGCAGUCUGCAGAGGGGGUGAAGGAGGAGACCCUCCAGCUUGACCUGGAGACAGAGUUCCUCCUCACCCAUCUCAUCCUGGUGUUCCACUCCCCCCGCCCCGCUGCCAUGGUGCUGGAGCGCUCACAGGACCAUGGGCACACAUGGAGGGCCCUCAGGUAUUUUGCCAGGGACUGUGAGGAGCUGUUUGGCCUGGCAGAGGGGUCACCAGAUGGAGAGAGCGGAGCAACUUGCACCUCUAAGUAUUCAGGAGCUUUCCCUUGCACCAGAGGAGAGGUGAUCUAUCGAGCCUUGUCUCCCUGGCACUCAGUGGAUCCGUACGGACCAGCCGCUCAGGACCAGCUUAUGAUCACCAACCUCAGAGUCCGUCUGCUGCAGCGCCAGCAGUGUCCCUGCCAGGCCAAACAUCCUGGUGCCGCUGACCUCCCCACAGAUCACUACGCCGUCUAUGAUUUCAUUGUCAAAGGCAGUUGCCUUUGUAACGGACAUGCUGACCACUGUGUGCCAGCCGGGGGCUUUCAGCCCAGCCAACAGAAGACCAACAACAUGGUCCACGGCAAGUGUGUCUGCAGACACAACACAGCCGGUGACCACUGCGAGCGCUGUGCACCUCUCUACAAUGACCAACCCUGGCAGGCAGCCAAUGGCAUCAUAGGGACUCCGCAUGAGUGCCAGAAGUGCAAGUGUAACGGUCAUGCCAAGAGCUGUCACUUCAGUCGUGGACUGUGGUUAGCGACCGGACGGCGGAGUGGUGGCGUGUGUGAUGACUGCCAGCACAACACUGAGGGCCGUCAUUGCCAGAACUGUAAGAAGGGCUUCUUCAGAGACCCCAGCCGACCAAAAACGGCCCCCGACUCCUGCAAAGCCUGUUCCUGCCACCCUGUUGGCUCCAUCCUCUCAGGAGGUAACCCUCUCUGUAACCCUAGCAGUGGGGAGUGCACUUGUAAGCCCGGUGUCGGAGGCCCCCACUGUGACAGCUGCAUGGCAGGAUACUGGGGAUUGCAUGAAUACGGCUGCCGUCCGUGUGACUGCACAGGGGACUGUGACCCCUACACUGGUGACUGCAUCUCUGGCUCAGAUGUGGAGGUCUUCUAUACAGCCACCGGCCACAUGGGACACAGCAGCAAUAAUAGUGAGACGGCACUCUUUAGGGUAGAGGAGCUUUUCUCUGCACUGCACCACUCUGAGAAAUGCGAGUGUGUAGAAGUGACCCUCGGCAACCCUAAACUCUUCUGUGCUGCGGAGUAUGACUACGUGCUGGUGUUGAAGGUAAUGUCAGCUCAUGAUAAAGGCUCCCAUGCAGAGGUGGAGGUCAAGGUCAAAAAAGUCUUGUACCAGAACCCUCAGAUGAAGAUCCACAGAGGAAGCAUCACCCUUUACCCAGAGUCCUGGACCACACAAGGCUGUACCUGUCCCAUCCUUAACCCAGGAUCUGAGUAUGUAGUUGCUGGUCAUGAGGACUGGAAGACUGGCCGACUGAUGAUCAACACCAAGAGCCUCGUUAAACCAUGGAAGUCAAACCUGGGACGCAAAAUCCUCCACAUCCUCAGAAAAGACUGCGGCCGCCGGUAGGGCAGCGCGGGACUGCAGUGGAAAGGGGGAUGAAGGAUGAUCUGUGACAUACAUGCAUGUGCAGAAUGGUCAUAGGGCCUUUUCCAAUCAGGCACUGCUUGGACACUAAAAUGAAAGUCCAUGUCUACUACAAGGAUUUCACUGUUUCUAAAGUGGAGUCCACAGCCCAAGGCACAGCUGUAACGCUGCAGUGCUGUGGUAGAAAGAAGCACAUACCUCACCACACUACAGCCACCUAAGAUACAAGGAGAGCAAAGCCAUAAAGACUAAAACAAAGACAAAACUGAUGUUAAUUCCUUUGUUACUGUAUAUUAUUUCCAAGAUUAUUUAUAAAACGAUGCACAUUAAAGGGACAGUUCACUGCAAAAUCAUAAA